CGGCUAGCCCGUGCCGGUCACAUCCGUUCCCGCUGCCCGGAGGCGUCUUCGCCGCAGCCUCCGGUUCCGGGCGGAGACGGACCUGGGUCACUCCGUCUCCGGUCUCGGGCACGUCCGUCCGGUCACUUCACCCCCGGGGCCUCUGAGGAGGCGGAACUACUUUGUCAGGAGUCUUGGUUUGCAAGGAGACGUCGUGGUCGGAUUGACAGCGGUGGGGAGGUAGGCGGGACUUCCGGCUGGCUCUUCCGUCAGCUGCCUUCUCCGGGCGUCUCCCCGCAACCUCCUCAGCUUCCCUCGUCAGUGACACGGCGCCGGGCAGAAAUCGACCGGACCGGGCUGGGGGAGCGCGAGCUGCAGUUAAAAGAAGAUGGAUGCGCAGUGUUCACCCAAAGUCAAUGCCAGGAAGAGGAGAAAAGAGGCGCCCGGACCCAAUGGGGCAGCAGAGGAAGACGGGAUUCCUUCCAAAGUGCAGCGCUGUGCAGUUGGCUUGCGGCAACCAGCUCCUUUUUCUGAUGAAAUUGAAGUUGACUUUAGUAAGCCCUAUGUCAGGGUAACUAUGGAAGAAGCCAGUAGAGGAACUCCUUGUGAGCGGCCCGUGAGAGUUUAUGCCGAUGGAAUAUUUGACUUAUUUCACUCUGGUCAUGCCCGAGCUCUGAUGCAAGCAAAGAACCUUUUCCCUAAUACAUACCUCAUCGUGGGAGUUUGCAGUGAUGAGCUAACGCACAACUUCAAGGGCUUCACGGUGAUGAAUGAGAAUGAGCGCUACGAUGCAGUACAGCACUGCCGCUAUGUGGAUGAGGUAGUGAGGAAUGCGCCCUGGACCCUCACACCUGAGUUCCUGGCAGAACACCGGAUUGAUUUUGUAGCCCACGAUGACAUCCCUUAUUCAUCUGCUGGCAGCGAUGAUGUCUAUAAGCACAUCAAGGAAGCAGGCAUGUUUGCUCCAACACAGAGGACAGAAGGCAUCUCCACAUCAGACAUCAUCACCCGAAUUGUGCGGGACUACGAUGUGUAUGCGCGGCGGAACCUGCAGCGGGGCUACACAGCGAAGGAGCUCAACGUCAGCUUCAUCAACGAGAAGAAAUACCACUUGCAGGAGAGGGUUGAUAAAGUAAAGAAGAAAGUGAAAGAUGUGGAGGAAAAGUCAAAAGAAUUUGUUCAGAAGGUGGAGGAAAAAAGCAUUGACCUCAUUCAGAAAUGGGAGGAGAAGUCCCGAGAAUUCAUCGGAAGUUUUCUGGAAAUGUUUGGUCCAGAAGGAGCACUGAAACAUAUGCUGAAAGAGGGGAAAGGCCGGAUGCUCCAGGCCAUCAGUCCAAAGCAGAGUCCCAGCAGCAGCCCUGCUCGUGAACGCUCCCCCUCCCCCUCUUUCCGAUGGCCCUUCUCUGGCAAGACUUCCCCACCUUGCUCCCCAGCAAAUCUCUCCAGGCGCAAGGUGGCAGCCUAUGAUAUCAGUGAGGAUGAAGAAGACUAAUUUUUCCUCCCUCCUUUCCUCUCCUCUCCCCAUGUCCCAUUACCUUCAGAAACUCUCUGUUGAAUUCCAAAUUGUGACCCCAACACUAAACCUAAGGACAGCUACAAAGGAAAGACAACUGAGGCAAGAGGACCUAGGACUGGGGGAACCGAAACAGCCUAUCCUCCAGGAGACCUCAGUCACCCCACCAAGGAGGUGGACUGCACCCUAGAAGCCUGCUCUGCAUCCAUUCACCCUCCCCAGGGUAUGUUCACGUUCAUGCUAUGUUCACGUGAUCUCGACAGGGAAAUUGUCAUUUUUAUUAAUUUUUAAAAUUAGUCUUUCAAAUGUAGAACUAAUUUUUUGCCCCUGAGGAGUGGGCAGAAGAAGGAGGCAGUGUAAUCCACAGAGGCCUUUUCUUCCUGGUCCACUAUAGCAUUUGCCUUCUGUUCUGAAGCAAAGUGGCUUGCCAAGUCCUUCCCGAAAUGAGCCGUGCUGAUGUGUAAUCUGUGGAGAAAUAUCCUAGUUUUGAUUUCCUUAAGGAAAGGCUAAAAGCCGAAUUACAGUCACAAAUCCCCUCAAUGUGCUGCUGUCACCAGUGCCACUGUGGCUGUGGGAAGAAGGAGAUCUGAGCCUCACUUUUCUUACUCCCUGAGGAGUUUCUUGUUGGACCCAAUGGGGUCCAUGAAGACACUGAUGGGGAUGGAACCAGACCCAUGGCAUCAACUGCAGUGUUUCUGCUGUGUUCAUCUUCUCAGAAAAUUCUGUUGCCCAGUUCUUUGGGAGCUUUCGUCAGUCUCUUUCCUGCCAUCUACCUUUGAAGGAAGGAACACUUUUAGGGUGACUGAUAAGGAGCGGAGCGGCACAAUACUCAGCCCUAUACCGAGUCUGUUGAGAGAGUUUCCUACUGGGAGUAAGUGCCUGGCCCUGCUACUCCUAUUUGAAUGCUAUUAAUAUUGCCUAGCCUUUUAGAAAGG